AAAGAAGGUCGUUGAGCGGACAGGCAAAUAGUUAAAGUCGCAUGACAACAACUACUGAAUAUUUUGUUAUUUAGAGGUUGGUGACAAGCUUUGUGCGUUGUGGAAUUCUGUGCUUGGUGGUACAGAAGAAACAUUUGUAUUCACCGUAACUAUUACAAGCAAUUUGCACUCUUCUUCUAAGUGCAGGCCGGGCUAGAGGAGGACUGCUGCGCUGCCCGGUGAUCAGACCCCGCCAUGCGUGAAUACAAGCUAGUGGUGCUCGGCUCAGGAGGCGUAGGGAAGUCCGCCCUGACAGUUCAGUUUGUCCAGGGGAUAUUUGUAGAGAAAUAUGACCCCACAAUAGAAGACUCGUACAGAAAGCAAGUGGAAGUUGAUGGGCAGCAAUGCAUGCUGGAGAUCCUGGACACAGCAGGCACAGAGCAGUUCACAGCCAUGCGGGACCUCUACAUGAAGAACGGUCAGGGCUUCGCUCUGGUCUACUCCAUCACAGCACAGUCCACCUUCAACGACCUCCAGGACCUCCGUGAGCAGAUCCUACGGGUCAAGGACACGGAGGACGUGCCCAUGAUCCUGGUGGGGAAUAAGUGUGACCUGGAGGACGAGCGUGUGGUGGGGAAGGAGCAGGGGCAGAAUCUGGCCAGACAGUGGAACCACUGUGCCUUCCUAGAGUCCUCGGCCAAGUCCAAGAUCAAUGUUCUGGAUAUCUUCUAUGACCUGGUGAGGCAGAUAAACAGGAAAACUCCGGUGGAGAAGAAGAAGGCCAAAAAGAAGUCCAACUGCACCUUACUGUAGCCACGCCCCCCUGGAGCCACCUCAUAGGCACUCUGAGCCUGAGUGCUGUAUUGAAGAACUAUUGCCCCAUUGGACCGUGCCAGCCUUCCCCAGCCCUGCUACCCUUGCGGUGGACCAGAAGAAACCGACUCCAUUACCAAGACUGGCCUCAGAGAGAGCGAGAGAGAGAGAGAGCGCAACGCAUCAGAAUCCCAGCAGGAUUCCUCUUGGUUUUAAUAUCAGCAAACAUACAGCAAAAAAAAAAAAAAAAACAACUUAAUUUCCCAUCACCACUAUGAAUUCGAGGCUAUGACACGCUCCCCACACCAGAGGGCAGUGUUUGGCAACGGAAGCUUGAAGACGUAUAGGAGAGAGACUUGACAGUAUUUUCGUUCUUGCGAUAUAGUUUAUUUGAAAACAUGGAAGGUGAGGAGUGUAGUUGUGUUGAUUGUUGAUACUUAUGAAUAAACAGCAUGACCACAUCUGUAAUUAUGUGUAGGUGUUGCAAGUGGAACCAAGUUGAAGUUUCGCCUCCUUGAAGCCAUGCUUCUGUUUUUGUACAUCAGCGUGUGUGUGUGUGUGUGUGCGCACUAGGCCCCAAUACAGAUCAGCGUGUGUGUGUGUGUGUGUGUGCAAUAGGCCCCACUACCGACCCUGUAAAUAGAUGUUCUUUUGUCUCCCGAACGUGUAUGGACAUUCUCUUCAGCAGAUAUUCCAACGUGACAUUAUUUUAUACCUAGUCACUUGGCUUUUCAUAGUUCCCAUAACAUACUGUUGUAAUGCCAUUUUUGCAGAAUAAUGUGUAAGAAAAAUAGGUCUUUUAUAGAGGUGACAAGGGGAGGGGGAGGGGGGGGAGUACAAGGAUCUAUUUCUAUGUCUUGAAGCUAAAAUAUAUUCUAUUAAACCAACUCUAAUAUUGCUUCUUGUGUUCCGUCAAGAACUGUUCCAGCUUUUAUGGAUGAUUAAAUUUUAGUACGUUUUAAAUCUCA